GGGCAAUCUCCAGCCACGCGCGCACUCGGUCGCCCCCCUCCCUCGCAUUUCUAUGGCUGCAACCCAUAGAGGCAUGAAGACGGAGGAGGAGGAGAAGCUUGCGGCAGAACAAGAACGGAUUCCCUUUAUUCGGUGCUACGACCCAUUUUCUCUCGCAUGGCUCUACGGCACGGCGGCGGGAUUGCUGCAGCAGCAUGUCCACAUGGACUGACCUACCAGAAACGGAAUCCCCAGUUCUCCUCCUCCUCCUCCAAUUUCCUCGGGCUCCGUCUCUCAAGUCCCAAGGUCCACGACCACCACAUCCCUCGUGGCGCCACUCCUAUCGCAUCAAGACGCUUACCGUUGGCGCUGGCAAAUCGGAGGAGCCAGCUGGGUGGUGGCAACAUCAACGGCGACGGCGACGGAGACGAGCAGAAGAAGGCCCAUCGAAACGGCAGCAGCAGCAGCAGCAGCGAUCCGACUGCGAGGGAUCAGAGAAGGGUCGCAGCAGAAGAGAAGAGAAACGGCGACGGCGCGAAGGAAGGGGAGGCCCCGACAAGCAGCAGCAGCAAGCAGCAGCAGGGCCCCUCGGUCUCGCUCACGCUGGAGGACGUGAACCCGGUGGGGCUGGGGCGGAGAUCCCGACAGCUCUUCGACGAGGUGUGGCGCAAAUUCUCGGGGCUGGGCCAGAUCUCGCGGACCCCCACCGCCGACGACCGCCUCCUCGACGCGGUCCUCAUCCGUGGGCCCAUGUGCGAGUUCACCAUCCCCGGCGCGCAGGACACCACCGUGCUCGUCGUCGGGGCUACCAGCCGGAUCGGACGAAUCGUCGUCCGCAAGCUCAUGCUGAGGGGAUACAAGGUCAAGGCGCUAGUGAGAAGAGCUGAUCCAGAAGUGCUAGAUGCGCUGCCGAGAUCGGUGGCCAUAGUGGUUGGUGAUGUGGGCGAACCUUCGACUCUCAAAGCUGCCGUCGAGGGCUGCAACAAGAUCAUCUACUGCGCCACUGCACGCUCUGCUAUCACGGGGGACCUCAACAGAGUCGAUUACCAAGGGGUGCGCAACGUCACCAAGGCAUUUCAGGAUUACAACAAUCAGCUAGCACAGCUGAGGGCUGGCAAGAGUAGCAAGAGCAAGCUCGUGCUUGCGAAAUUUAAAUCUUCUGAAUCAUUGGAAGGCUGGGAAGUUCGCCAGGGAACUUACUUUCAGGAUGUUGUUGCUGCCAAGUAUGAUGGGGGGAUGGAUGCAAAGUUUGAGUAUACAGAAUCUGGUGAUGCUAUCUUCUCAGGAUAUGUCUUUACUAGAGGUGGAUAUGUGGAACUUUCCAAAAAGCUCUCUCUUUCAUUGGGUUCCACGCUCGACAGGUAUGAUGGUUUGCUUCUCUCAGUUGGUGGAAAUGGAAGGUCAUAUGUUUUAAUACUUGAGGCUGGCCCACUAGCUGAUACUUCUCAAAGCAAAAUGUAUUUUGCUCGAAUGACCACAAAAGUCGGCUUUUGCAGGGUAAGAGUACCAUUUUCAUCUUUCCGUCCAGUGAAACCAGAUGAUCCUCCAUUAGACCCUUUUCUUGUACAUACAUUGACCAUUCGUUUUGAACCAAGACGACAGAGGCCUGUUGAAGGACCUGGAGGAAAUAAGCAGGACCCUAGAAGCUUCAAAUUGAUAAUUGAAUACAUAAAAGCAUUGCCUACUGGCCAGGAAACGGACUUUAUAUUGGUUUCAUGUACUGGAUCUGGAAUUGAACGUAGCAGAAGGGAGCAGGUUCUUAAAGCCAAGAAGGCUGGAGAGGAUUCAUUAAGAAGAUCAGGCCUCGGAUAUACCAUUAUUCGUCCCGGUCCAUUGCAGGAAGAACCUGGCGGUCAGCGUGCGCUGAUCUUUGAUCAAGGGAACAGGAUCUCUCAGGGCAUCAGUUGCGCCGAUGUAGCAGAUAUAUGCGUCAAGGCAUUGCAUGAUUCGACAGCAAGAAAUAAGAGCUUCGAUGUAUGCUAUGAGUACGUCGCCGAGCAAGGGAAGGAGCUUUUUGAAUUGGUUGCACAUUUGCCUGACAAAGCAAAUAACUAUCUCGCGCCAGCUCUAUCUGUUCUAGAGAAGAACACCUGAUAUCAAGAAUUAUAUAAACUUAAUUGAUGCUACACGCCCAUUCCUUUGUAUAGAUACGGCAAUUUUUGCCUACUAAGCAAUCAUCUGUAAUUUCUACGUGUAAUUAUGUGCAUGGUCCUUGUCAAUGAUUUUGGUAGUGUAGGGGGAAGAAUUAGUGGCAUAUGGAAGAAGGAUAUGGUGGUUUGUGUUAGAGGAUUGACCCUUCCUCUUCUGUGCACAAAAUUAAUAACAGAACUAUCGAAAGAAAGAGCAAAAUCAAUUCAGAGGAAGGUGGUUGGUAUUUUUUUUUGAAGGGGCGGAGGGAAACAAUGUGAAAACAAGUUGGAUGAGUCCACCUCAAUGUGAAAACAAAGCCAAUAUAGUUUGUGACUGUGA